AUGAGCAAGACCAUGUCCAACCCUAACGAUUGGGCUCACUUCUACCACCACAACAACCACAACCAACUCACCUUCUCUUCUUCCUCCGCCGCCGCCGGUGUCACCGCUGUCACCACUGCCUCUACCAUCACUUCAUCCGUCUCCGCAGCCGAGCCAGCUCCGAUCCAACUGAUGGGCUCGGGCCGCGGCGUGGGAGGAAGUGGAGGAGGACAUAAUUCCGUCGCUAAUAGUAGUAGUACUCUGAGCCCGGAAGGCGGCCGAGUGGCCAAGCCGGCGAGGAGGCGGUCGAGGGCGUCGAGGAGGACGCCGACGACCUUGCUCAACACGGACACGAGCAAUUUCCGCGCCAUGGUCCAGCAAUUCACCGGCGGUCCAGCGGGACCUUUCGUGACGGGAGGCGGGUCGUCGCUAAAUGUUCCACCCCAACCAGCCGGUUUUAGCUUCGGGCUUGGCGGGCUCGGGCAGCACCACCAUCAGCUGAUCGGCGAUCGAAUUCCGAACCCUGCCUCCACGGUCGGCGGCGGCGGCGGAGGAGGAGGAGAAGGGUUGUUCCAUCAUUUGCAGUACCAACAGUCACAGUUCCACCAGCCGUCGCCAUUUCUGUUCUCGUUGGGAAAUGCUGGCAAUAGCGACGACCCUACUAACAUCGACGGUAUUAAUAGUUUGCUUCAGCGAGGGAUCGGGACGGAGGGGAUUGGCGGUGUCACGUCGGCCGCCGGGACGCGGAUCGGAGGAGAUGGGGCGACGGCGGCUGCGCCGCCGUCGGCGGGGUCUAGUGAGAACAGGAAUAGCGGUUUCUUGUACUGA